AGUGGUUAACAGUUACCACCAUAACUGUUCGUACACUAAACCGAAAAAGCUCUCUCAAUCCAUGUCCAUGGCGACCUCUCUUCUCAUCCCAAAAACUAUUCACUUUCCCCAUUCUUUUGUACCCCACCACAGCCGCCCAUCCUCAAAACGCACCAACCCCAUCUUGGCGCGCAGCUCCAACGGUCAACAACCCUCUUCAUCAUCUUCAAGUGGGGCCGUGGCAGUCAAAGAGAAGAGCUCAUUCCCAGGGAAGCCAGAGGCGGACGUGGUCGUAAUCGGAAGCGGCAUUGCUGGACUCUGCUGUGGUGGGCUCUUGGCUAGGUACCAAGAAGAUGUUAUAGUUCUGGAGAGCCAUGACUUACCAGGGGGUGCUGCUCACUCUUUCGAUAUCAAAGGCUAUAAGUUCGACUCUGGUCCCUCUUUGUUCUCUGGGUUUCAGUCCAGAGGUCCUCAGGCCAACCCUCUUGCACAAGUUCUUGAUGCUUUGGAUGAGAGGAUUCCAUGUGUUUCUUAUGAUUCUUGGAUGGUGUAUGUGCCUGAAGGUGAAUUCUUGUCACGCAUUGGACCUACUGAGUUCUUCAAGGACCUUGAAAAACAUGCAAGUCCAAAUGCUGUUAAAGAAUGGCAAAUACUACUGGAUGCAGUUCUUCCACUGUCUGCAGCUGCAAUGGCACUACCUCCUCUAUCCAUAAGAGGGGACUUUGGAGUUCUUUCAACCGCUGCAGCCAGAUACACUCCCUCACUCCUCAAAUCUUUCAUCCAAAUGGGACCAAAGGGAGCUCUUGGUGCUACAAAGCUGCUGAGGCCUUUCUCAGAAAUUGUUGACUCAUUAGGACUGAAAGACCCCUUUAUAAGGAACUGGGUGGACUUGUUGGCAUUCUUGCUUGCUGGGGUCAAAUCAAAUGGCAUUCUCUCAGCAGAGAUGAUUUACAUGUUUGCAGAAUGGUACAAGCCGGGCUGCUGUCUGGAGUACCCUCUUCAUGGAAGUGCGGCUAUUGUUGAAGCUCUUGUACGAGGAUUACAGAAGUUUGGUGGACGGCUUUCUUUAGGAAGCCACGUAGAACAAAUUGUAGUUGAGAACGGCCGAGCCACUGGAGUCAAGCUAAGAAGCGGUCAAUUCAUUGGUGCUAGAAAGGCUGUUGUUAGCAAUGCCUCUAUGUGGGAUACUGUAAAACUAUUGCCUAGUGAUGCUGUUCCAAAGUCAUAUGCAAACCGUGUCAACACAACUCCUCAGUGUGAAUCAUUCAUGCAUCUCCAUUUGGGAUUUGAUGCAGAGGACAUAAGAAAGGACUUGGGAAUACAUCAUAUAGUUGUAAAUGACUGGGAUAGAGGAGUUGAUGCUGAUCAGAAUGUAGUUUUGAUCUCUAUACCAAGUGUACUUAGUCCUGAUCUUGCACCACCUGGGAAACAUGUACUCCAUGCUUAUCUUCCAGGGACUGAACCUUAUGAACUCUGGAAAGGACUUGAUCGUCGAAGCCCCGAGUACAAAAAUCUAAAAUCCCAAAGAUCAGAGGUGAUGUGGAAAGCAGUGGAACGUGCAAUUGGUCCGGGGUUUAGCAGGGAAAAGUGUGAGGUGAAGUUGGUUGGAUCUCCAUUGACACAUGAAAGAUUUCUUAGGAGAAAUAGAGGGACUUAUGGGCCAGCCAUAGAAGCUGGAAAGGGAAGCUUUCCAGGCCAUGCAAGUCCUAUCCCUCAGCUUUACUGUUGUGGGGAUUCAACUUUCCCUGGCAUUGGAGUCCCUGCUGUUGCUGCUAGUGGAGCCAUUGUUGCUAAUUCUCUAGUUUCUGUGUCUCAACACUCCCAACUCCUUGAUGCCAUUGGCAUCUGAAUACAAAUACCUUUUUGUUUAUUAUAAUAUUCAACUCUGAAAUUUACAUGUGUAUAUUUUUCCUCUUCCAAUAAUCUAAAUCUAUGGUAUGAUAUGAUUCAAUUUAGGCAUGCAUACCUUUGACACUA